UGCAACUAACUGCUAAUCGGGCAGUGGCUUGUGUCUGCCCGGAGAGUAGAGCUGAACAAGCAAGGCACGGAGGUAACUACAGUCUUGCAGCAGCUGUAGCACGGAGACGUCAGCAUAUGUGCAGUUCUGAUGCUCCAGAUGAGUACUCAUUAGAGACAGGCAUAUAAAGGCAUUGCACAGGAGCUUGCUCGGUGUACAGAGCUGUCGGACUUCUGAAACUCCCCACUCCACCGACCUGCCCGGCACCUGAAUUUCUUACCUUCUGCCCCUGUUGGGUUGCACCGGCGGAUUCUGCACAAAUGAUGAACUUUCUGCGCCGAAGGCUUUCCGACAGCAGCUUCAUAGCUAACCUGCCGAAUGGAUACAUGACUGACCUGCAGCGGCCAGAGCCCCCGCAGCCCCCUCCGCCCGUGUCCCCAGCCCCCGAGAGGAGGCAGGCGAGCCAGUCCACGGGGAGCAGCUUUUUCAGCUCCAUCUCUAACGCUGUCAAGCAGACCACGGCGGCCGCUGCGGCCGGGUUAGCGGAGCAAACGUCCACGGGUGCUGCCAAGAAAGCCAAGAUUCUGCUCAUCAUCGAUGAACCUCACACUGACUGGGCAAAACUGUUCCGUGGAAAAAAAGUCCAUGGAGAAUAUGAUAUCAGAGUGGAACAGGCAGAAUUUGCUGAGAUUAAUCUGAUUGCUCAAGCUGAUGGUACCUGUAUGGUCGACAUGCAAGUUUUUCGAAAUGGCACAAAAGUUGUCAGAUCAUUCAAGCCUGACUUUAUCAUUGUGAGGCAACAUCCCUACAGCAUGGCAGAAAAUGAGGAUUUCCGUAAUAUCAUUAUAGGACUUCAGUAUGGAGGUCUACCAAGUGUGAAUUCACUAGAAUCCAUCUACAACUUCUGUGACAAGCCUUGGGUGUUUGCUCAGUUGGCAAGCAUUUACAAAAGGCUGGGUCCAGAGAAAUUUCCACUGAUUGAACAGAUCUUUUAUCCAAAUCAUAAGGAAAUGCUAACCAUGCCAACAUUUCCUGUUGUUGUGAAGAUUGGGCAUGCUCACUCAGGCAUGGGAAAGGUGAAAGUAGAAAAUCAUUAUGAUUUUCAGGAUAUAGCAAGUGUUGUAGCCUUGGCAAACACCUACGCCACAACAGAACCUUUCAUAGACUCCAAAUAUGAUAUAAGGAUUCAAAAAAUAGGCAGUAAUUACAAAGCUUACAUGAGAACAUCAAUAUCUGGAAACUGGAAAACAAACACCGGAUCAGCCAUGCUUGAACAGAUUGCAAUGACGGAAAGGUACAGGCUUUGGGUUGAUGUGUGCUCUGAAAUGUUUGGUGGACUGGACAUCUGUGCUGUGAAGGCUGUCCACGGAAAGGAUGGAAAGGAUUAUAUUAUUGAGGUAAUGGACUGUACAAUGCCAUUGAUUGGAGAACACCAGGCUGAAGACAGAGAGCUUCUAACUGAACUGGUUUUAGCCAAAAUGAACCUACUACUACCACGAACACAUAUUCCAUCUCCUCAGAGACCUACUGCCACACAGCAACCACAGGGUGGAAGUUUGAAGGAGGCACAGACUCAGCCAGGCUCAUUUCCUCAGCAGCGACCUCCACCACAAGGGGGCCCAACACAACCCCAAGGACCACAUCCACAGUGCCAAGAUCAACUGCAGCAACAUCAUGCUUCUCAUGAGGGGCCACGUCUGCAAGGAGGUCUGCGUCCCACUGGCCCCCCACCUCAGCUGCAAAGGCAAUCGAGCCAAGCAACACAACAACCACAGACUACUUUGCAAAGCCAGAGACCGCAAAGUCAACCAAUAAAGAGGCAACCUGAACAAAAGAUGCAAGCACAGCCUCCAUUAAAAUCACAGCCGAAGACUCCUCAGCAACAGUCACAACCCCAUCCCCAUUUAAAUAAAUCGCAGUCUUUGACCAAUGCAUUCAACUUUACGGAAUCAUCGCUAUUUCGAUCAAAUUUAAAUGAAGAUGAAGCAAAGGCUGAAACAAUCCGUAACUUGAGGAAGUCCUUUGCCAGUUUAUUUUCUGAUUAGAAGACACUAAAUGCACUGAAAUCUCGGAUCACCCCACAUAAAUGUUCCACUAAGCUGCAGCGUACUAACCUCAGUGACUUUAGAAAAAUUAUUUUCUGUGCCCUAGAGUUAAACUUCUCUUUUGUGCUGUUUGGGUGGAUAUUAUAAUUUGUACAAAGUAAGAUGUGACAAAAUGAGCUGCUUUAGAUCAGUUAGCUGCAAGAAAAAUUUGGUAGACAAAAAUCACACUCCAUUUAAGUCAGUACUAGUGUGGUUACUGAGUGGUUUCAACAGGGGAAAUAAACUAACCUUUAGCAUAUUCACUGUGAUGUUGUGACAUGUGCACAAAGAUGCCUUAUAGUGAAUGUAUAAUUUCUAUAUUUUAUUUCAUAGUGAAGUUUGAUAGUAUGAUACUCAAUUAAAGUGUGCUUAUUUCUGUUCACUUCCUUGUCAGGAUGCAAUAUUAGUUAACAAACUGCUUUUGUGAUUACCUAUAUUAUGCUGUGACAAAUUGGAUACAGUAUAUAUGUUGUGACUAAUCUACAAGUUACUUAAAAGAAGUGGUCAAAAGUAAUAGAGGUGUACAUCAGUAUUAUAUGUGAAUCAACUAAAAUCCUCUUGUAUCAUAAGGAAUGAAUAAAAAUUGAAUUCCUCCAUACUUCCCCUUCUAGAAACAUUUUCCUCCCAAAUGUAACAACGUAUGUAAACAAUUGGGGUUAGUGUUACAGAAUAACAUAUUCAUCAUAGCUUAUCCAUGUAUAUUAAAAAUGUACUAUUAUAGCAUAUGUGUUAUAUAAUCUUGUUGUACCUUGUUAUUAAUAUUGUUCAGUCUUUUGCUUGCUUUUAUAACCUAGCAAAACUUGUCUGAACUCAUAAAACUGAGUAUAUGUCUGGUGUACAUAUAUGCAGCA